CAGCUCUGAGGAGGAGACACAACCGGCGUGGACCCGAGCGGACACGGCGACACCAGCAUCUUCCAGGGACCAGAGCUACCGGUGUCUCACCGGGUCGGGUGGAACCUCCUCCUUCCCCAGCGCUCCAGCUGAGCGGUUAUCCCCGGGAGUAGAGAGGAGGGAGGAUGAAGAAAAGCAACCAAAGCAGGCGGGGCAUCCAGGACUGCGGUCCGCUCGCUGUGCAGCAGCCAGAGAAGGCGGGUUGGAUCCGGAAGUUCUGUGGCCGGGGGAUUUUCAGGGAGCUCUGGCGGAGCCGGUAUGUGGUGCUGAAGGGAGAUCACCUCUACAUCUCAGACAAGGAGGUUAAAGAUGAGCGCAAAGCCCAGGAAGUGUUUGACCUGGCUGAUUACGAACGCUCAGAGGAGCUGAGGAAGGCGAAGAGUCGGAGCAAGAAAAACCACAGUCGCUUCACAUUGCUGCGCUGCAAGCAGCGAGGAAAUACAGUUCCUAAUCUGGUGUUUUUGGCUGUGAGUCCGGAGGAGAAGGAGUCCUGGAUCAACACCUUCAAUGUGGCCAUAAUCAAGGCCAAGAACAGAGUUUUAGAUGAGGUGACGAUUGAGGAGGACAGCGCUCUGGAUCAUCUCACCAGAGACCGAGCGAAGAUUCCUCACAGCCGCCGUCUGCCCACCAGAGGACACCUCAUGGCCGUGGCCUCCACCUCCUCCCACGGCAUGCUGACCCUCGACCUCGUCGCAGAGGAGGACGGGUUCUGUCUCGACUACGACGACGACGAAUCCUGGGAGGACAGCUUCCGGGUCGACCUGCAGAAAGAGGGCUCUGGAGGAGGGCUGGGGGGCCGUCAACGGGCGGGGACUGAUGUUUCAAAGCUGCGGGUGACUUCCAAAGAGCCCAAGGUGAAAACAGGAAGCCUACCUAGAGGCAGCGAGCGCUCCUGGGGUAAACACGCCCACAUGGAGGCCUCCAAAGUCCACAAGAACCAGCAACUCCAGGUCCUUCAGGCGCAGUCUCGAACGCCCCAGCCAGGGAAAAGGUUCAGCAUGCAGGGUCGGAGUCGUUGCGCCUCCAUGGAUGAAGUCCUCUCCUCCAGACCGGCGAUGAUUCGGUCAGAGUUUCGUUCGGCUCUUCGUCGCUGUCCAACCGAAGAGGAGGCAGGCAGCGGGACCUCCAUCCAGCCCGUCGGCCAGCUGCAGAGCCUCAUCGCUCAGAGGAUGCAGAGAGCCCAGGAGCUGCUGGAGGAAAUGAGGCUGCAGGAGCUACAGAAGGCCAAAGCUGAGCGAGAACGAGGAAGCAGCUCAACUCACAUGAAGGGCAUCAACUCCCCUCGACUUCACCACCUCAGGGGUUCAGAUUCCCCCCAUUCCAGCAGGUCAUCGGGGUCUCCGAGGAGCAGGAGCAGCGACUCGCCUCGUCUCCGGGGAAAAGAUUCACCUCGUCUGAGGGGAAGAGAGUCUCCCCGAUCCAAAGCUAAGAAGAACCGCUCCAAAGCCACUGACUCGCCUCGCUCCAGAGGAUCUCAGUCUCCUGCAGCUAAAGCUGGCGACUCUCCUCGCCUGAAAGAUUCUCCUCAUCUGAGCCGCUCUCCUCAAACAAAGAGCUCUGACACAACAAAGCUCAAAGGUCCAUUGGGGGCCAGCUCCACCAGAAAAGACGGUUCUCCUCCACAGAAGACUCCUGAAACUCCUCCGUGCUUGAAUAGAUCCAACUCCUGUCAGGUGAAAGGAAGCGAUUCGCUGCAGGGCAGCGAAACUGACUCCCCCCUAGACAGCAUCAAGGAGACUCGCCAAACUCAAAACUCCCCAGCUCUGUCCAGAUCCUUCGAUUCCUCGCUGCCCAAAACCCCAGACAAGCAUCGCCUGUCUCCUCCUCCUCCUCUCGUACCUCUCGAGGAGGACAUGGAGGUGGAGCGACGGCGCGCUGAGGCCGAGCGGCUCCUGGAGGAAGCUGUGUCGUCCUGGAAGGAGGCGCAGGAGGUCCUGCAGGAAGUGAAGGAGCUGCAGAGCCAGACGCUGAGGCGGCAGAGAAGGAGGACCUAUGAGAAGAUGACAACAUCAGGUGCAGCAGCUUCACAGCCUGCAGCAACCGCAGCUGCGGACGAGGACGAUACUCCUGCCUCCCCGACAUCACCGGAGGACGACGAUGAAUCUGAGACACCCUGAAGAGCACGAACAGGUCCUCACGCUGGCAUAUAUUUUCUUCUUUUUUCAAGGCAGCGUUACUCUGCAUGCUUAUGCACAAAAACCAACGUUUACACAAUUUCUACAUUUUUGAUCCUAUUUCUGGUAAGAUUUGCUAAUUUUUAUUAAUCAGGGCAAUGGGAUACAUGUGAUGACACAUUUGGAUAACUUCAAAAACCAGGGAUAUAUUUAAUUCCCGGAGAUUUCAGGACUUCCAUAUUGCUGAGCGCUCCACGCUGCCACCAGGCAGAAACCCACUCUGCUGUCAGGGGUUCACCGUCUGUGGCAGGAGCUUCACAUUUAACUUCAAUCAACGCAGCUUUAAUGGAGAGGAGCUCCCCUUCACCUUCUCUAGCGAUGCUGUACGCUUUUCCUUUGAUUCUUUGUGCAGAAAACAAGGAAAAAUCUUCCAACCAAGAUGUCAAAACUUUUUGUGAAAAAGUCAAUGAAGAGCACAAAAUGACAUUUUUUUUUUAAAAAGAAACAAAAUAUUGACUUCAGAUUUCUGCACUGAAUUAACCAGCUUGUUUGCUGAAACAUCUCUGAGUUUAGCUUGUAGCAUGUCUGGUAAACUGCUGGACACGGUUUAGUUUGUAGCUUCAUGAAGAAUUAAUCUGCUUCACUUUCCUUCCAAAUUUGUAUCAGUUUUUUUUAUACAAUCGCAGUCUUUUCAAGCUAACGCCAAAAUCAGGGAGUUUAAGUUAAAAAGAUGAGCAAAAAAUAAAUAAAAAUGGAAGCAAUAAUUUAUUAUUUUGUUGUAUGUAAUUGUAGGCGGAAACAAAGCCUCACACCAGCUCAGAUAUGACAAACUCUGCACUAUGAACUGAACUUUUUACAACAACAUCACUGCAUCCAAUUUGUUUGGUUAAAGCUGUUUAUUUGUUUGGUUAAAAACUGAAAUCAGAUUUGUUUUUUUACACAGAUGCUGAAUACUUUAAGGUCAAGUUUUCAUCAAAGACCUCAUAGAAACUUUUAUAUAUUCUAAAGGAUUGAUUUGUAUCUUUAAACCCAUCAAAAUAUGCUUCAAAGAUAUGAUCCAUCAUAUAAAAGAUCAUCAGAUUUGAAUAUGAAAGAUAAACUAAUUGAGUCAAAAUGUUUUUUUUUUUAAACACUGAUUUAAUUUAUUAAGGGGACAAAAUAUCCAAGCUAAUCUGGCUGUGUGUGAAAACGUAUCUGCUCCACCAUUGCGGUGGAAAUCUUGACAUUUCUAUUUUGAUAAAUUGCUUUAAUUCAGGCCCAUUGAAAGACAGUCCAGCAUAAAUGACUGUUUUUGUUUCAUUUCACAAAAUCUUAGUCAGAUUUAGGCUUAAACUAAUUUUGGAACCCUCGUGCCGUUCAGAGGCAGGCUUUCUGGUGUUUCUCACUGUUUGAGGUCACAAACUAAUGGCUGGACUUUUUCCUUAAGGAUUCACUGGUUUAGAGCUUCCAUUAAUUACAGCAAAUUGGUCCCUAAGAACUAAAAAAAAGCCCCACACCAUCAUAGACAGUUUAUUAUUUUUUUUUAUGAUGAGGCAGUUUAUGUUGCUUUUGUUUAUACAUCAACAUUAAUUGUUUCUAUAAUCUCGGAUGACAGAGAUGUUUCAUGGUAAAUAUGGGGUAGGCCCUUGUGUUCUGUUUGGUUAGCAGUGGUUCUAGUUUUUUAUUAAACUAUAAAAUGAUCUGAAACGAGUUAGAUCUGGAACGCUUUAGCCGUUACAUCCUGGAGGAGUCAUCAAUGACCUUUUGGUGUCAUUUUGCCUGUCACCCUGGGGGAUGUUCACUAUUGUUAUUUUUGAAUACUUGAAUAGGCUGAAUCCCAAACCACCCCCUAAGCACUACCCCUUAACUAUUAAUUAUUAGUGUCACUCGCAAUAAAAUCACACAGCUGUGGAAGGCGCAUGGAUUGUACGUGGGGGGUAUAAACAUGAAUGGGUCGGCCUCUUCCCUCCAAUGGAAAGGGUAAGCAGUCGUUCCUAUGGCAACACAGUGAUGCCGCAUGUGCGUGGCUGUAGCUCUGUGGCGCAGGUUAACAUACUGUAACAUCAGAGAUUUGCCGGUUUUUUAAGAAUAAAUCUGUCCAGUAAAACAAUGUGAAGAUGCAGCAAAUGAGUGAAUCUUACAUUUGAAUUCACGUUUUUCCUCCGCCACUAGUUCGCCAUUUCGCCCACUGCCAAAUUCCUGCGAGCCUGCACUGAUGUACUCGCUAUUUAAGGACUGAACUGCCCACUUGCGCUACCCACUACGUGGUUUGGGACCAUCCUUAACGCGGCAGACCCUCUGGUUAGUGUUUAGGGGCCAGUUUUCCUGUGGUUCACUGCAAUCCCAGACCCUCAGACAGGCUCUGUAGAUCCCAUUCCAAGCUAAUGUCUGCAACUUUUUUCUCUCAUCAUAUAUCUUUCAGCCUUCUUCAUGUCAUCACACUGGUUCUGUUCGAUCAGUCUUGAUUGUACAGACGUCUUUAUGUAUCUUGUAACUGAACUUAACAAAGGAGAAGGUACAUUGUCCUAACAGUCCUAGGUAGCUUUGGCUAACAUUUUCCCCUUAAUAUAUAGAAAUAAUCCUUUCGAAAUUUGUUUAAGGAUCUGAAAAAAUUAAGUGAAACAAAGACAGAAAAAAGCGGCAUUUUCACAUCACCAUACAUCUGACCCUACUGAUUUAAAUACACAAAACAUUCAAAGCAUUGCUGUGUUCCAAGUAUGAUGGAUACUGUGUUUAAACAUGCAUGAUUACAUCUUAGACAGCGGUAAUUUGUUGCAGCUGGUGAGAUACAUCCUUCAUUGAAACGUAUGACAAAAUGAACGGUGUUGCAGCUGAGGAGGGCUGGGACAAAUCUGACAUUCAUGGCUGGAUAAACGUGCUUCACAUAUGACCUAUUAAAUUACCGAAUUAACAGAAAGUUGAAAUAUACAAAGAUAAGCUUCUAAUAAAACUCAUCCUGUUUUUUCUUUUAUCGGCACUGAUAUCAUCCAUAUAAUGAGGUGCUUCCUGCUUAAGUGGGUGUGAUUAAAAACACUCAUUUAAAAUCCUGUUUUAAAAAAUGAUGCAAUUCAUUCAUGUUUUAAAUAGAUUUUUUAAUUUAUUUCUUGUGCUCUAAACUAUGAUUGUAUUUGCCUUUUAACAGCUAAUGUUUUCAUCACUCUUGUAAGACGUACUAACAUUGUAGCUUGCUUGUUCUUGUUUGACAAAGAAAGAAUAAUAACCCAUAAAGGUCCCUUAAGUUAGACAUAGUGCCAUCUAUUGGCUAUAACGGGUUAUUGCAACAUAUGCAACACCUAUUUGGUUCCUACUGAGCUGUUAAAUAGCAUUAAAAUGCUAACAAGAUGCUAAGCUUUACCAUAUACAUAUAGACACAUUAAACUGUAUCAGGAUCCUCUGAUUAUGCAAUUCUAAACUACAAAAACAAACUAUUCUUAGCUAUUAUUUUGCAUAUGGGCUUGAAAGGUUUUUUAAAUGUUUCACAGUGGAUCUUCGAGUACUUUUUUUUUGCAUCAGAGGUAAAACUGUGGUGAUGGUUUUCACCUUUUGUCUAAAUAUUUCUAUUGCAUUUAAAGACCCAAUUACGUUCAUUUUGUGCAAUUUUUAUAAACUUUUAAAGAAAUAGAGGCCUUUGCAAUUUGAUAAUUAUAAUUAUAUUUCAGUUUUUUUCUGAAAAAUCUUUGGUCCAUACUGCUUUUUUUAAUCUUUUUUUUUUUAAAUCUACAUGAAAACUCUUAAUAGAACCAAAAAUACUGUAGUAGCUACUCCAGGCCUGCGUGGGGAGCUGUGAUACGCCACAGGAACCCCCCAAAACAGAGAAGACGUAGCCCUGAGGCUAAAAGUACGGCUAUGACAUCAUAAUAAACAAAACUACAUUAGUUAUAUCUUUGUUAUAAUCCAUAGAAGAUCUCAGAUGCUUCAUAUUUUAAUCUGUUUCUGAAAAAUAUUGCUUUAAAGUGCAUCUCACAGACCCAAAAGUAUAAAAAGAACUGCUUCAUAUUCAGCUUAUAGGCUAAAGGGAUUUCACCAGAAGCAGAGAAUACAACUAUUUACCAUUACUUACAUAUUUAGUACUUGAAAAUGUCAGUUUUCACUGUGGGGACAUAAAGGAUGUUGAGAGCUGCUAAUGUUCUGUUAAGGUUUAAUACCUUUGUAAAAAGUCACAUUUUGUAAUAUAAACUUUCUUAUUUUAGUUUGCCAGUGUUGCAAUGUUUGAUAAGUUUUUACUCUCCAGUUUGUGGGUUUUUGCACAUUUGUCAUAAAUACUGAGAGCAUGAAUAAGAGCACCGGCGCUGACAGAGCUAAAUCACAUUAUGGUUUGUUUGUACUGUGAGUGAUAAUGUCGAGAGGAUGUGAUGCAAAUAUAUUAAUUUGUAAAUGAUCUAUCUGUUUAAGCACAUUUUGAAAAAAAAAAAGCAUUUCUAGUCAGAAUCCAAUGCUGUGAUAACCGUUUCUGUAAAAAUUAUGAGUUAUUGCAUUUUGUUUGCUGACUUUACUUGACUUUAGAUGUAUUGUUGUUGUUUUUUUUGUGCAUCGUUGGGGAAACCAAAACAAAACACUGCAGGUUUUCUAUGUGAAUCCUUUACAAUAUGGAGGAACUAAAGAGUCACUAAAAAAAAUAAAACCAGCCAUUUCAAAUAUUAUUUAAAACAUGCAAUUUGAAAUCCAAUAUCAAGAGUUUUCUAAUUGAACAGUUUAAAUUAAAUUAUUAAAGAGUUUAUACAUGUUUUUUUCAAAUACUAUUUCUAAAUAGAGAUUUAAAAACUAAAAAUAAAGGGGACAUAGAAUGAUUCUAUAGGGUAUUUGGUCCUUAAGGUCUGCAUGUGGGUCACAUUGGUUGGGCUGAAAAUGGCAUAUUUGCUUUUCUAUGAGCCCAAAAGCAAGCCUGAUUAAAAGCCCUAGAAUAAAACGACAGGUUGUCUUCCUUUUAUGGUAUGCUCAUGAAUAUUUAGAUGAGCUGUGCGCUGAUUGGUUGGUUUACAACAAGAGAAGCUGCUGAGCAAAGAUGCAUC